AUGGCCAAAAUAAAAAUUUGCUAUUUUAAUGUAUUUGAAUCUCAUCUAUUUCCGUUAACAACUUUACUUAAUGAAAAUGAUGAAUCACUAGAAAUUUGUCAAACAAAAGUUGGUUCCGUAGGUAGUUGGUGUUGGGAAGCUGCUAUUUGUUUAGCUGAAUAUUGUUAUGAUCAUAUGUUUAAUCAAUUUAAAAAUAAACGUAUCGUUGAAAUUGGUAGUGGAACUGGUAUUGUUGGUAUACAACUUUGUGCUUUAGGUGGAAAUGUUACAUUAACUGAUCGAGAAGAAUAUGUUGAAUUAAUAAAUUAUAAUAUAAAAAAAAAUGAACAUGCUCUUACAGGAAAAGCUCAAGCUAAAACAUUAUUUUGGGGUGAUGACAUUAGUGAAGAGGAUGAUUGUUUUCAAAAUCUUGAUUUUGUUAUUGUUGCUAAUUGUGUAUAUCAUUCAAUUGAAUUAGAUGAUUUAGUUAAAACAAUAUCUAAUCUAUGUCCAGAAAAUUCACAAACACGUUUAUUAUGUUGUUAUGAACUACGCAAUGAUGGUAUUCGUAAAUUAGUCAAUGAAUUCCAUGAUAAAUUAAUCGAACUAAAAUUUGUUAUUGAAUAUGUCGAUCAAAAAGAUUUACGUUUAAAAUAUCAAAAUGAUUAUAAUGCAAUCGUUAAAUUUCACCGACAUAAUAAAAUAUAA